AUGUCCUCCUCAAACCCCAACCGCCCCAACGAAGAAGAGGACGCCUUCAUCGGCGACGACGAAGCAGAAGAAGUCUUCACCCGCGAUGAAGACCACCCGAUGGACUCAGACGGCGAGGGCGAUGCGGGCGGCGACCAGGAAAUGGGCUACGAGCAAGAAGAAAUCGAGCUGCAGAACGACUCGGCAGCACACUUCGACACCCACACCGAUUCGAUCUUCUGCAUCGCGCAGCACCCAAUUCACAGCGCCAUUGUCGUGACGGGCUCUGGCGACGACACCGCGUACUUAUUUGACUCGACGCCGAACGCGGAGCGGCCGGUGUUGCCGGCGAGCUAUGAGAGUGACCCGCAGCCGCGCAAGGAGCGGGACUCGCUGAAGCCUUUGGUGAAAAUGGAUGGGCAUAGCGAUAGUGUGAAUGCGAUUGCGUUCACGGAGCCGCGUGGGGAGUAUGUGGUUACGGCGGGGCUGGAUGGGAAGUUGAGGGCUUGGAGGGAUACGACGAAGAAUCUGGAUGGUACGGCGUGGGGGUUUGUAGGUGAGGUGCAGGAGGUGGAGGAGAUUAACUGGGUUGCUGUUUGUCCUGCGGGCAAUGGCGAUGAGGAGAAAGGGAAUGUAGUUGCGCUUGGUGGAAACGAUGGUAGUGCGUGGGUGUUCCGGAUUAACCAUAAGGAUGCGUCGGAGCCUGUUUCGAUUGUGCAGAGUUUCUUUCAACAUACGGCCCCUUGUACGGCUGGUGCGUGGACGCCUGAUGGCAACUUGCUUGCAACGGUUUCCGAGGAUGGAAGCUUCUAUGUUUAUGAUGUGUUUGGAGCCGCGGCCGCGGCAGGCGUGUCAUACUCUGCUGGAACAAGUGCUGUUGUUGGGAUGACGGCGGAGGAUCAACGGUUUGCUGUCGAGGGUGGUCUGUAUUCCGUUGCGAUUGCGCCAGGUGGUGGAUUUGCGGCCGUCGGAGGUGCCGGGGGGCACAUCAAGAUUGUUGGUCUUCCUCGACUCGGAUCUAGUGGUUCAGCUGGGCCCGGUGCAGGUGCCGGUGCAUCAUCAAAGACGAAGGGCAGAUCAGCUGCACAGACAUCUGCCGCGACAGCGGGUACGCUUCUCGCGUCACUCCAGCCGCAAUCCGACGGCGUCGAGACCCUCUCAUUCUCUGCGCCUCCGUUGACUCUCCUCGCGGCUGGCUCGGUGGACGGCUCAGUUGCCCUGUUUGACACAGCCCACCGGUUCGCUGUUCGCCGGCACAUUCGGGAGGCGCACGAGGGUGCUGUCGUCAAGGUCGAAUUCUUGCAGAGCCGUUCAGCGGCUGCCCCUUCGGUUCGCCCGAGUCCCUUAGCCCCAGGCACUACAGCCCACCGAUCAUACCUCCUUACGUCCGUUGGCAUUGAUGGCGUCGUCAGGCGGUGGGAUGCUCGUGGUGGAACCACUGCAGCUGGUCAGGGAAUGCUGAACGAAUGGAAGGGCCACUUGGGGCUCACGGAGAACGAAGACGGAGAGCAGGCCGGUGGAAUCAUGGGCUUUGUUCAAGGUUUUGAUGGCAAGAGGGUUGUCACAGCCGGUGAUGACGGCAUUUCAUUGGUUUUCGAAGAGUAG